AUGGAUAAGAAAGUUCAAAGACAUACUCAAAGUCUAUACCACAAUAAUGAAAUACUAUUGGAACAAGAUGCUUUGACGAAAGCUACCGAAUUAAUAGAAAUAUCUACAUCUUGGCGCCUCAUACCCUAUGCGAGUCAACAGUACUAUGUACUUGAAAAUAAAGUUUCUACAAAACAAUUGCAUCAUGUCUCAACACAGGAAACGAGUUACACAUUCAGUUCACUACUCAAAAUCAAUUCCGUAUGGAACACAGAAAAGGAGCAACUUAUAGAAGUUUACUUUACCGAAAAUCGUGUCACCGCUCCGAGCAAAAAGGGCAAUGCAAAAGUACAAGAGAUUGAUAAAAUUCCCGACAGACCCUUCUACAUCAGUUUCAUCGAAAACAAACCAAAUAAAAUUAUCGCACAUACUUCACGGGAUCAAUCUCUGUUAAAUAUUGAACGGGGAAUAGCAUCAUUAAUGCACAUUAAUUUUGAAAAUGGACCCGUAAGCGAAAUAGAUGUUUCGGGAAUUUGUAAUAAUUUCUAUAAUAUUAAAUCGUCUACAAAAGUAAAUAAAAUUAAAACAGACUGUUCGCACUGGGAUUUGAAGGUCAAUUAUCGGGGCGAAAAGCCUUUAGGUGUUCAUCAGAAAUCAUUUGAAAGAGUUGAAUAUGAUUUGUCAGCUGAUGGCCAGUUAUUGACAGCCUCUUCGGUUGAAAGUCACAAACUAAAUUUGGAAGCCCAGCCAGAAGUAGGUACUAAAGUGGAGUCGUUGUUUGUAUUAAAACAUAGUACUUUUACCUCAGAGCCUGUGGAGCAGCUAGCUUAUAAAACUUCUGAUGAAGCUAUUAAAAGUUUGUUGGACUGGUAUAGAGUAUUUGAUAUUGAAGCUGAUGUAGAUGGUGUUAUUAGUGAAAUUAAAGAUGUAAACUUAAAACAACAAGUUGCCUUAUUCGCCAAUGAUUUAACUGAUGAUUUGAUAGGCAAGGAAGCUUUAGCCGAAGCCUUUGUUAAACUUAUACCUCUAGCGCGUAUUACCAAACAGGAAGAAUUUGAGGACAUAUUAAAAUCCAACAAAAAGCUACACUCUCAAUUGGUGGACCUUUUGGGAGCGGCACAAACUAUCGAUGCUCACAAUGCCAUUCAUAAAAUUUUUGAUUACAAUCAAAACUCGGAUGUGGAUUUAUGGGAGAAAUAUUUACAAUCUCUAUCAGUAGGAACUCAUCCCGAUAGGAGUAUUAUCGAAGAUCUCUUUGAGCGUCUAACAUCGGCAGAUACAGCAAUAAAAAAUCAAAAACUUCAAGAUUCAGUACUUCAGUGUGUGACCUCUCUCACCCAUCAGUCUGGCCUUGAUGCUAAAGAUAAUCUUUUAAAAGAAAUCAAACAAUUUAUAUUAAAGAAUCUCCACGAAGACUGCGAAGAUGAGGUAUGCCAGACUCGCUACAUAAGAGCUUUACAAAAUCUACAAGACCCUUCCGCUAUUCCCAUUUUAUUGAAAUAUGCUUUACAUGAAGAAACUAAAAUAUCGAUUGCCGCUAUGCAAGCUUUAAAAUCAUUCCCCACUAUACAUUUCAAUGAGAAGCAUCGGCAAGCUUUCACUAGCAUCUUCUAUCAAAUACAAAAAAAAUAUGAUUCCUCUGCUCGUACCUUGGCUUUGGACAUUCUGUUGGCAAUGAAACCAACACCAACACAGUUGGGACAAUUGUUGGAUUAUUUGGCUUCAAGUGAUCGUCAUUUCGAAAUUAAAACUUAUGUUAUACAAAAGCUGAAAAUGUUGUCGGAUAAAUGUCCUCGUUUUAGGGCUUUGCUGGAGUCAAGCUUGUACGAGCGACCUCAUGUUAAUAAUUAUCACAUUAUUGGUCAAAAGGACUCCUGCAAAAUUAAGGCUGCUGGAAAAGAAGUUUUGGAUGUCGUUGGUAAGGGCACUAUAGAAAUUCAGUCAAAAGUAAACAACAAAGUACUCGUUUUUGAUGUUCCAAAUAUAUCGAGAAACCUGUUCUCAGUGUUAUCUACUCAAGAUAAAUUGAAUAACAGUGAAUUUAUGUCGACGGCAACAAGUUGUAAACUUUUAGUGAACAAUGAAGUUUUGUUAGUUGGUAACCGUGAGGUAGGAGGUACCUUAUAUAAGGCAGAUAUCGAACCAAUUAUUCUAAGUGCAAGAAAUGAAAUUAAUUCUACCGAAGCUGUCAAUACAUUGCAGUUAUACCAUGAGCGAUGGGGACAUCAAGAUAAACGUCACGUGCAACAAAAACUAAAAGAAGAACUUGGUAUAAAUGUGAAAUUGGACAAUAAAUUGUGUGAAUUCUGUGUUUAUGGAAAGUCUCAUCGUCUACCAUUUGGCAAUAGAGAAAAGGCAAGUAGUCCAGGUGAAUUAAUGUCAGCAGAUGUAUGUGGUCCAUUCCCAGCAUCUUUUAGCAAGACGAAAUAUUUAUUCAUAUUUAAAGAUUCUUAUAUUAAAUAUUGUUUUGGCUACUUCCUGAAAGAAAAAUCCGAAGUUAAAGGUGUAUUGAAGGAAGUUUUGGAUUUUGCAAAGACUCAAGAAAAUCCUAUAAAAGAAUUUUUAAGUGACAAUGGAGGUGAGUUUGAUAAUUUUGAGACAAGAAAAGUUCUUAGAGAAUAUGGAGUAACACAAAGAUUGACUGCUCCAUACACUCCACAACAAAAUGGUGGGAAAUAUUAUUGA